AUGAAACUUACACCUGAGCUUAUUGAACGUUCACUUAGCUAUAUUAAUUCCGUAAAGGAUCGUGAACUAGAUUUACGGGGCAAUAAAAUUCCUGCCAUAGAAAAUCUUGGUGUCACAAAGGAUCUAAAUGAUACAAUUGAUCUAACGGAUAAUGACAUUCGUGUAUUGGGAAAUUUUCCACUUUUGCGUCGUGUCAGAAGUUUGUUACUCGCCAAUAAUCGAAUCACCCGCAUUGAUCCAAAAAUAGCAGAAUUCAUUCCAAAUUUAACUACCUUAGUUCUUACUAAUAAUAACAUAAUUGAAAUAUCGGAUCUAGAACCUUUGAGCGAGUGUAAAAGGUUGCAAUAUUUGAGUUUGUUGGAUAACCCUGUUACACGGAAACAGUGGUAUAGAAGUUGGAUCAUUUGGAAGAUACCGAGUGUGAGAGUAUUAGAUUUCAAAAGAGUGCGAGAUGUGGAACGUAAAGAAGCCAAACAAUUAUUUGUAACAGCGAAAGGUGAACCCACUUCACUUGCUACAUCUAUUUCAGAGACUGUAUCCAAAACAUUUGAACCUGGCGAAGGAAUGGCUGCGGCUGGUGGUGCAAAUCUGCCAAAAUCUAAUUUACCCACACUUGGAAUGUCAAUAGAAGAACAGGCAAAGAUUAGAGAAGCAAUUCGAAAUGCUAAAACCCUUGAGGAA